AUGGACCUGAAUGGCAGAAAAGUGCCUUUGGAAAGUCCUCAACUUCCUUGCCAGUUGAACCAGUUCACAAGAUGGUCACCAAGGGUAACCAAGUUGAAGGAGAUGUGUAUGUCUGUUAUGAGGGAUCUUGAGAGCAAUCACAGUUUUGCCAUCUCUGAAGAGAACAGUACUUAUUUCCUUAAAUUCUAUCUAUGCACCCCUCCAGUAGGCAAAUACCCUUUAUUUCCACACCAGGAUGUUGUGCCUUUAGCAGAUCCCUGCUCAGGUUUUGUGAGUCUAGCAGCAGAUGCUGAACAGCAGCCCAGUGUUGGAAGAGCAAUCGAAUCCCUGGCAAACUACAGUGAUAGGGAACCUCCCCAUGUCCCCAGCACAGGUGAGAGAGCCCAGCCUGACCAUGGAGACCUCCUGGAGGAAACGAGCCAGGACAGAAGGGGGAAGUCCAGGACAGUGAAGAGAAACUGUAGUUUCCAAAAGGGCAUGCUGUACAUCGGUCUUCAGCACCUGUCAGGAGCACGAUGUGCCUGGGCUUACAAAGGAGUUCCUUGGGAUAAUAUGUUUUCUUCCAAAAUACAGCCUCCAAAAUCAAGGCAGAUGUUGGAUGAUCCUGUUUCCCAGUAUUUCACAAAAAGAAGAUACAAUCCCAAACCUAAAAUAAGCCAAGUUGUCAGAGGCUUCUGGGACAGAUUCCAAACAAGAUCUUUUACCUCUCCACAGAGAUCUGGUGGUUUGGUAAGCCAAAGCUCUUAAACCUGUCAAAUCCCUUUGUAUAUCUGCUGUGUUGCUGCAGUAAAUUUUGAAGGCAAUGCUGAUGUAGACUUAGUCCUACUUAACCAUGUUCAAACUUCCAAACCUCACUACCCAAGCACUGCACACACUCCAGAUAUUCUUGGAUAUUCUGGCAGGGUUCAUUGGUCAGCAACUCACCCAGCAAAUUCUAAUCUUCCAUCAACAGCCCCAUCAGUAAUUGCAGGAAUGCAUGGGCACCCGGGCAGCCUGGCCGCCAUCAGGCCCUCGGUGACCGUGCCCUGUGGGGCAGCAGGCGAGCCCCGGCUGUCCCUGCUGAGGCGCGGUGACGCCGGAAAGCAGCGGGCCACAGGCUCUGUCCCGAGCAGCACAGCUCUCCCAGCUGCCCAACGCAAGGGACUUUCUCCAGAGAAGGAGGUUCGAGUUGUAAAUCUGGAGAUAUUUGAGAACUGUCUGGAUGCAAUCCUGUAA